UGUUCCCGUCACCUCCAGAACCAACCAUGGUCGACGGCGAAGUUGAAAUCCUUCGCGGCUACGAGCUCCGUCUCAUCCGCUGCACCGUAUCCUUACCACAGUUAGAUGUUCCUCUCAAAUCUCAUUCCGGAACCCAUCCACACGAGACUCUUAUAAGCUCCCUUCUGUCUUCAAUCGAGGCUGGAGACUAUCUUGGAGCUUUAGCUUCCGACGCUACCAAGCUAAUAAUCGGAGAUUCUGAGUUCGAACUGGUUGAUACGGUUGAUUCCGCCGAGAGAUUUUACUCUGAGCUACUCGACAAGGUUGAAUCGUUCGUGGUGAACGAUUCUUCUGAUGAAAUCGAUAAAGCUCGCCGUGCUGUUCUGGUGAUGUGCUUAGCAAUAGCAUCUGCGUUUUGGUUUACUUGUUGCAAUUUGACUGGGUCGACGGAAGGAUCAGCAAAAUGUUCGUUACCGUUUAGAGUAUCAGAAAGUCAGGAUUUAGUUGAAUGGGAGAACUGGGCUAAGAUUCAGCUCAUGUCUGUUGGUUCUGACUUGCUUGGGAAGUUUUCUAAUCUCCAGCAUUUAGUGUUUGCUAGAUUGCUGCUGUUAAAGUUGAAAGAUUUGUUGUUUGCGACAACUGCAACUGAAAAUUUUGAAGUUAGGAGUAUUUCAUGGUGGCUUGUCAGAGUUUUACUUAUUCAUCAAAGAGUUCUACACGAGCAAUCUUCAUCUUUGUUUGAGAUGCUGCAAGUUUACAUGGCCGAAGCUCUUGACCAUUAUGGUGCACUGGAAAAAGUUAAAAGCUAUUGGGCGACCGAGUUGCUAGAAGAUGAAGCUUUAUCUAUCACGUCAACCAUCCAUCUGGAAGCAUGUGUACUACAAUAUAUAUAUGGAAGAAUUGAUCCUUCUCGGUUGCAGCUUGAAUCUGCUAAAUCAGCAGCAGGGAUCGAGUUCUCUGUUUCUGGGGCUCUUGGAUUCCGUACUAUUCACCAAGUAGAUCCAAAGGCACAGAUGGUAUUGAUAGCCAAUACUAGCUCAUCAAAUGGAGACGUGAGGUUGGCCUCUGAGAAAGCUGAUGUUGGACCUUAUGAAGCUUGGGGAGGUGAAGCACCUGAAGUAUAUAUGACUCCCAAACUAGUGAACAACGAGAGUGAAGCUGGCAAAGAGUCUGUGCCCUUAAAACCAGUUGAACAGGCAUUGAUUUUGGCUCAGUGCCUUCUAAUUGAAAGGGGUAGUCGGCACGAUGAGAUGCAAAGAUGGGAUAUGGCUCCAUAUAUUGAGGCAAUUGAUUCUCAAAAGUCAACAUAUUUUGUUCUACGGUGUUUCUGUGACUUAUUACGUGUUCGAUGGGAAUCAACUCGAAACCGUACAAAGGGACGCGCCCUGGAGAUAAUGGAUAAGCUGGUUGGAGCUAUUAACAAGAGCGAUCCUGGAGUAGCAAAUCGGAUCCCUUUAUGCUAUGCAGUCCUUCUUCCUACUAUUCCUGCUUUGAGAAAGGAAUACGGUGAGCUUCUGGUGAGUUGCGGUUUGGUUGGGGAAGCAAUCACGAUAUUUGAAAGCCUGGAAUUGUGGGAUAAUAUGAUUUUCUGCUACUGCCUCCUGAAAAAGAGAUCAGCGGCUGUAGAUCUCAUCAAUGCACGGCUUCGAGAGCGGCCAAAUGACCCAAGAUUAUGGUGUUCAUUGGGUGAUGUUACUUUCAAGGAUUCCUGUUAUGAAAAAGCCCUGGAAGUGUCAAAUGAUAAGUCAGUUCGUGCUAAGCGGGCUCUUGCUCGCAGCCCAUACAGUCGGGGUGAUUUUGAGAAGUCGAAGAUACUGUGGGAGGCUGCAAUGGCCGUAAAUUCUCUGUUUCCAAAUGGUUGGUUUAAUCUUGGUGAGGCGGCGAUUAAGGUCCCUGAUGUUGAGAAAGCACUGGAUGCAUUCACUUUUGCUGUUCAACUUGAUCCUGACAACUGGAAGGCUUGGAACAACAUUGCUUGCCUGCUUAAGAUGAAGGGAAAGAUCAAAGAAUCAUUCAUUGCAUACAAAGAAGUGCUUAAAUUAAACCGAGACAACUGGAAGCUGUGGGAGAAUUUCAGCCAUGUAGCUAUGGAUGUGGGAAAUACUGAUCAGGCCUUUGAAGCUAUGCAACAGUUAAUGAGAUUGAUCAAAAACAAGUGGAUUGAUGCUGUUUUAUUGGACCGCAUGAUGACAGAAUUGGAAAGUAGGAAUUUAUCAUGCAAGUCAUCAAUGUCAUUGACUGAAAUCGAUGCUUCAACAAAGACUGAACAACUCUACAUAGAGUUGUUUGGGACAAUUAUUCAGCAGAUUGUCAAAGUAGAAAGUACACCUGAAAACUGGGAAUUAUAUGCAAGAUGGAGUAGAAUCAAAGGAAAUCUUACGGUAUGCAGCGAGGCACUGUUAAAAUUAGUGCGAUCAUAUCAGGGAUCAGAAGUGUGGAAAGACAAAAAGCAUUUCAAGAAUUUUGCAAGAGCGUCAUUGGAACUUUGUAGAGUGUACAUGGAGAUCUCAGUGUCCACAGGAAGCAAACGAGAACUGUUGAGUGCGGAGAUGCAUUUGAAGAGCACAAUCAAACAAGCUACAGAGAGCUUCUCGGACACUGAAGAAUUAAAGGAACUUGAAAGUUGCCUUGAGGAGGUGAGAAAAGUAAUUCAGAAGAAGAGUGAAGAAGAAACUAGACAUACAAAAGCAUGAAAGAAGAAAAAGACUUGUCAUUGUCAGCAUAAAUUAAUUAGAAGAU